AUUCAUUUAUCUCGAGCAAACGGUCGUAUAGUGAAUUGAUUUGUGCAUGCUCGAGACUUCCCCUGACGAUCAGUGUCACCGUUGAACCAAGAACACUGCUCGCGUGUGUAGCUCUUGCUCCUUCCAGCCCCGCCAGCGACGUCAUACCAAAGCCGUCCUUGCCUUACAUCGCGAGCUGCACCACAACCACUCCAGCUUUACUUCUGCCUCUCACAAGACACUAAAUCACGGCGCAUACGGCACCUCCAAAAUGGCAACAAACGCACCCACCCUGAUCAACUUGCCGCCUCCGCCAUCGGAUCCAGCUACCCCGAGUGAGAUCCCGGGCACACCAAACUCAGCUACUACAACCAUGUCGGAGCUGUCCACAGUCGCCAUCAAAGACGGGCAUCGCGGACACUUUCCCCACCACCACCAACCCGCUGAUGCUGAGCGAGCAGAUCGCAUCUCGCGCCUGGCAGGUCUCGAGCGCAUUGGCGUAAGCGGCCGCACUCCCCAAGGCCUUGGCCCAGGAAGUGCUGCCAACCCACCACCUGGCUACUUCGAUUCGAACAACCAGCCCCAGAUCUUCCGCGAAAGGAGCACCGUUGGCAGCGCUUCAGCCACCGGUAGUGUAGGUGGCCGCACGACCUGGGCAAGUGGAAGCGAUGCAGGUGUCAAUGAGCCGGACCGAAUGAGCGAGGACCAGACUGAAGAGACAUCCAGCGUAGGCGGUUUCAGCGAUGAAGCUUCUUUGGUUGGUUUUGGUGAAGGAGCCAGGACGCCUGCUAGACAGCUCAGCCAGCUUGGUAGCCCCGCUGUUGGCAAGGCGAGUGCAGUACCUGGCUAUCUGAGGGAGCAGGCCUCUGCCAGUCCAUUGGCAGGCGUCAGUGUCGCAAGCUCAGGAACAACACAGACUACCUCCAGCGCAGAGCAGCAGCGACAACAGGCACGAGUGAUUGAUGGUAUGACAUACGAUGAGGGCGACUCUGCGAACCGCACACCAGGUCCUGGCCAGUCGUCCACAGCACAGGAUGUUAUCCGUGAGCGCAUGCGCCAGCAGCAAACUGGACAGGAUGCUAUGGACUAUGAGCAGUCUAGGGAGAACUAGGAGUCUCUUGUUUUUCUACUCUCGCGCAAAACUAUUGUCGGUGUUCACAAUAAGUAGCUGAGGACCGCCUGGGAGGAUAACGGUGUUUUAAGAGGUGGCUUGAGCUGAGAAAGGGUGUUGCCCCAAACUGAAUGCUGAAACGAAUACACGAUACACGAAUGUUACAUCACAAGAGUUCAAUUUCCCAUUGUGUACCUCCAUGGUGCCAGUAGCCUGACUGCCUCCAGCUACACUUUGCGAUACACAUUCUGCACCGCAACGCUGAAGACGCAAUUCUGAGGACAACACAGUCCUGCAUCUAGCGUGUCCUCCUUACGGCCGCACUAAAGUCCUUUGCGAUGUUUCAUGCCUUGCAGUUGUGUUGAAG